GGGAGUUUUGGGCUGGAUUGUAAUUGUUGUAGACAGCUAAAUGAGAUAUAGGCAUCCAUGGAAGAGUUAAUAGUUGAGCUACGUCUGUUUCUUGAACUUUUGGACCAUGAAUAUCUAACAUCCACUGUCAGAGAGAAAAAGGCAGUAAUAACUAACAUUCUCCUGAGGAUACAGUCAUCAAAAGGUUUUGAAAUAAAAGAACAUGUACAAAAACAAGAAGUCUCCAAUAGUUUACCUGCCCCUCCUCAGAUGCCUCUGCCAGAGAUACCUCAGCAAUGGCUGCCCCCAGAUAAUGGGCCUCCACCAUUACCAACAUCAUCCCUUCCAGAAGGCUACUAUGAAGAGGCAGUGCCACUUAGUCCUGGAAAGGCCCCCGAAUACAUCACUUCCAAUUAUGACUCGGAUGCCAUGAGCAGCUCUUAUGAAUCAUAUGAUGAAGAGGAGGAGGAUGGGAAGGGGAAAAAAAUGAGACAUCAAUGGCCUUCUGAGGAGGCCUCUAUGGACCUAGUGAAGGAUGCUAAGAUCUGUGCCUUCCUCCUAAGAAAGAAGCGUUUUGGACAAUGGACCAAAUUACUGUGUGUUAUCAAAGAAAACAAACUACUGUGUUAUAAAAGUUCGAAGGAUCAGCAACCUCAGAUGGAACUGCUCUUGAAUGACUGCAGCAUCACAUAUAUUCCCAAAGACAGCAAAAAGAAGAAGCAUGAGCUGAAAAUCAGUCAUCAAGGAACAGAUGCACUGGUUCUAGCAGUACAAAGCAAAGAGCAGGCAGAGCAGUGGUUGAAGGUAAUAAAAGAAGUUUGCAACAACUGUACAGGAACUAUAGACUCAGAUGGACCAUCAUCUAGCUCACCAGUACACAAGACAGAACUGGAAAAGAAAUUGUCUUCUGAGAGACCAAGUUCAGAUGGGGAGGGUGCUAUAGAAAAUGGAAUCACUGCUGUGUGUAAUGGAAAAGAACAAGUGAAGAGGAAAAAGAGUUCAAAGUCAGAGGCCAAGGGUACUGUAACUAAAGUAACAGGGAAAAAAAUAACGAAGAUCAUUGGUUUAGGAAAGAAAAAACCAUCAACAGAUGAACAGACCUCAUCGGCUGAGGAAGAUGUUCCAACAUGUGGGUAUCUCAAUGUGCUCUCAAAUAACCGCUGGCGUGAGCGCUGGUGCAGAGUGAAAGAUAAUAAGCUCAUUUUCCACAAGGACAGGACAGAUCUGAAGACCCAUAUUGUUUCUAUCCCCCUACGUGGUUGUGAAGUCAUUCCAGGAUUGGAUUCCAAGCAUCCCUUAACGUUCCGUCUGCUUCGAAAUGGGCAGGAAGUUGCAGUAUUAGAGGCCUCAUCAUCUGAAGACAUGGGCAGAUGGAUUGGAAUUCUGUUAGCUGAAACUGGUUCAUCUACAGACCCUGGAGCUCUGCACUAUGACUACAUUGAUGUGGAGAUGACUGCAAGUGUCAUACAAGCUGCAAAGCAGACCUUCUGCUUUAUGAACAGACGUGUUAUAACUACUAAUCCAUACCGGGGAAGCACUGCCAAUGGCUACGCAUGUCCCAGUGGAAUGGCACUUCAUUACGAUGAUGUUCCCUGCAUAAAUGGAUCGUGGGAACCAGAAGAUGGCUUUCCUACUUCUCGUAACAGAAACAUCGGAGAAGAAAUGCUUUAUGAUAACGCAGGCCUGUACGAUAACUUGCCGUCUCCGAAAAUCUUUGCACGCUAUCCACCAGCUGACAGAAAAGCCAAUAGGUUAUCUACUGACAAACUAUCCUCUAACCAUUACAAAUACCCUGUUUCAUCCAGUCUGUCUUCUGCUCAGUCUAUCACUAACACCUCUGCUGUGGGGAGGGGAUCUGUCUCUCAGUUCAAAAGCAAGAAACCCCCUGCAACUGCAAAUGGUGUCACAGGAAAAGGGAGAGUUUUAAACAACCAACCAAAGAAAUCUGAAUUAGUUUCAUGUGUGAAACGUACAGCAUCUAAUGCUGAUCAAUACAAAUAUGGCAAGAACCGGGUGGAAGCAGAUGCAAAGAGGUUACAAAGUAAGGAGGAGGAGUUAUUAAAGAGGAAAGAAGCUCUGCGGAAUAGGUUGGCCCAACUCCGAAAAGAAAGGAAAGACUUACGAGCUGCCAUUGAAGUCAAUGCUGGCAGGAAAACCCAAGUGAUUCUUGAAGAUAAGUUAAAGAAGUUGGAAGAGGAAUGUAAGCUGAAGGAGAGUGAACGUGUCAAUUUGGAGUUAGAACUGACUGAGGUGAAAGAGAGCUUGAAGAAAGCCUUGGCUGGAGGCAUUACACUAGGAUUGGCCAUUGAGCCCAAAUCAGGAACCUCAAGCCCACAGUCUCCAAUAUUCAAGCACCGAACUAUGGAAAACUCCCCUAUCUCCAGUUGUGAUACAAGUGAUACUGAAUGCUCAGUACCUGUGAAUAGUGCAGCAGCUCUGAAGAGACCUUCCUCAUCAAGUAAUUCUCCUUGUCGAGGCCAUGUACUUAGAAAAGCAAAGGAAUGGGAGAUGAAAAAUGGAACCUAAACACAGCAAGAACAUUUUCUUUGUAUAAAGGGCUUAUGUAGUAUGGACCAAGACGUAGGCUUCGAAAGACUCAUCUAUGGAGUGGUGUCAAGUCAUACAGCAUAAGAGGUUCUAUAAUUCUAAUAAGUUAAAGGUAGCUUGGCCCUCAUUUGUCUGUACUCUCUACUGUAUUACUGUGUAACUAAGUGUGCCCCUUUUUAUUACCUGUAACUUUUUCCCCAACUUUAUUUGUAAAAAUCUUAGUAAUGUAAAAGGAGCAUAUAGUUGCAAUUGAGAUUUACAUUGCUGAAAUGGAUUAAACCAACAUUUGCAUUGCAUUAGAAAUCCAGAAAGGAAAUGAAAAUUGGUGGGUG